CCUUCCCUGCUCAGCAGUGAGGGGGCAGCGGCGUUUCCAUAGUGCCGCCGCCUCAGUUCCGAUGAAUAAAGGAUGUCCAUACUUUCAAAUGCCCUGAACGAGAGACAAUGUUUGUGAGCUCCUCACACGCAGCGUGGAAUGAACCGCGCAAAAAAGAGGAUUCCGCGACGACUGCACUUCGUUCACACAACGAGACGCCGCUGGAUGCGAGGACGUCCAGUGUCGCACACCACCUGCGCGUCCGCUAAAUGGAGCGAGGGCAGCCUAUACUUCGGCGCACGGCGCGUGUUUUCGUCCUUCCGAAGUGCGCGACUCGAACAAGCGGUCAUUGUGGUUCUCCGUGAUCAUCGGAUUUUGGGAAUGGGAACGCCGCGGGAUUAAGCGGUUUCUGGGCAAAUGCAGAGACGUGUUACGAUGCGGCUUGAACACUUUGGGCUCCGUCUUUUGUUGCAGGGAGUCUAGGGUUCCCGUUUUCCCACGAGAAUUCUUAGUUGCGAUUUAAAGUACCUGGCGUUUGUCUCGAGUGUCACUUCUUUCCUUAAAGCUGCUAUGACGUCCUGGCUGCGUAAAUACCAUAACAUAAUCCUUCGCAGCGUGCUGGCCAUCACUGUGGUAGCCCUCGGAUCAUCUCAUUCAUCAGACAAGCACUGCACGUUGCCCCUCGCCGCGACAUGUGAAGAAUGCCUGCUCCGUGGUCCCGAGUGCGCAUGGUGCUUUCAGGAGAGGUUUCUGGAUGGAGCGGGUGUGAGUGAGAGGUGCGAUUCUGUUGCUCGACUGCUGCGUAAGGGUUGUGGCGAGGAGUUCAUUGAUAACCCUCGGGUGAAGGUGGAGGUGAAUGCCUCUCCGAGCAGCUCACAGGUGGCUCCCAGAGACAUCUCCAUCCUGCUGCGCCCAGGCAGUGAGGCGAGUUUUCUUGUGGAAGUCCAGCAGCUGGAACAGUACCCAGUGGACCUGUACUACCUGGUGGAUGUCUCAGCCUCAAUGCAGGACAACCUGGACCGACUGAAGACCGUGGGGAUGACCCUCUCCCAGCGCAUGAAGGAACAUUCCAGCGACUUCCGCGUGGGCUUCGGAUCCUUCGUUGACAAGCCAGUCUCGCCGUACAUCAAUGUGCACCCUUCUAAGAUCAUUAACCCUUGCAGCGAUUACGAGGUUAACUGCCGGCCGGCGCACGGCUUCAUCCACGUCCUGCCCGUCACCGAGAACAUGGUGGAGUUCAAACGGGUCAUCCAGCACCAGAGGAUCGCGGGCAACAUGGACACGCCGGAGGGAGGCUUUGACGCCAUGCUGCAGGCAGCCGUGUGCCAGGACAUCGGCUGGCGUCCGGAGGCGAAGCAUCUCCUGCUGGUGAUGACCGACCAGCCGUCUCACCUGGCCCUGGACAGUAAACUGGCCGGAAUAGUGGUCCCCCACGACGGACGCUGCCACCUAGUGGGCAAUACCUAUUCCCAGUCUGCCAACAUGGAGCACCCGACCAUCGGGCAGCUGGCAGAGAAGCUUCUAGAAAACAGCAUUUACUCCAUCUUUGCCGUGGAUCAGAUGCAAUAUAAGUGGUAUGAGGACUUGGUGGACUUUCUUCCAGGUACUUACCUGGGGAAGUUACUUCCCAAAGCCUUGAACCUCACAGACCUAGUGGUGGACGCCUACAAGAAGCUUCUGUCAGAUGUGGGGGUGGAGGUAGGAGUUGAGGACAGUGAGGCACACAGAUUCUGGGUCAACAUAACAGCACUCUGCCCCAACGGAUCUACCGUGACGGGAAACAGCAAAUGCUCCAACGUCCAACCCAGCCAAAAGGUCCUCUUCAACGUCACCGUGGGGAUGCGCGCGUGCCCUUCCGGAAGGCCGGUGGGCGGGGCCACGGCGGAGGUGACGGCACUCGUCAGGCCCGUGGGCUUUAACGAGACGGUUAGAGUGCGCCUCCGGCAGGCGUGCGCAUGCUCCUGCAGCAGGGCGGGGUCCUGCCACAAUGAGCCGGAGCCUCCCAGCUGCGCGCCAGAGACGGACAGCUGCCGGGAGGAGGCGGGCGGAGCUUUGUGCAGCGGCCGUGGGACAUGUGUAUGCGGGGUGUGCGUGUGCGACCGCAGCAAUCUCGGGACCAUCUAUGGGAAGCACUGUGAGCGGGACGACUUCUCCUGCCCCUACGACAGGGGUCUCGUAUGCGGAGGACAUGGUCAGUGUGUGUCUGGACGUUGCUUGUGUCGUCCAGGCUGGACGGGAGAGGGCUGUAGCUGCCCCAGCUCCACAGACAGCUGCGCGUCUCCCGACGGCCUGGUGUGCAGCGGGAUGGGAGAGUGUGUGUGCGGCCAGUGCGUGUGCGGUGACCACCGGCGCUCUGGAAGGUUCUGCGAGAAAUGCCCCACCUGCUCCAACACUUGUCAGUCCCAAUGGAGUUGUGUGGACUGCCACCUGUCCGGUGGCUUCGACCGGGCCGGCGCCCGGCGGUGCAACGCCAGCUGCACGGCCCUGGUGGCCUUCGUCGAUGACAUCACUGAGCUGAUCAGGGGGAAGUACUGUCUGUACCAGAGCCAAGAGCACUGCUUCGUCAGGUUCCACGUGCAGCUAGGAUCCCAGGGGCCCCACCUGCGGAUCAGCAGGCAUGUCGAGUGCGUGUCGGGCCGGCGCUACUUCCAGACCUUCCUCAGUGUCUUCCUCCUCACCGUGGUGCUAGGCCUGGGGAUCCUGGCAGUAGCCCGCCUGAUCCUUCGAGGCGGUGGAAGGCCAUGGAACGUGAAAGUCAGCCAAGGAUUCAAUGACAACAGCAAGGUCUGCACACCCUCCACCAGUGAGAAGACAAUAACGUACAGACGUGACCACUUACCCGAGAACCCUAUGGAAAUGCACGUCCACGGUCCCAAGACGGCCCUGAACGAGAUGUGGCCCUGAAACUGAGGGGGUGUCACAGAGGAGAAAAGAUGGUCAAGAGAAGGAGAGCAAUAAGUGAAUGAACGCACACUCGUUUUCACAAGCACACUUCGUGCCCCGCAGUCUUUUCUGAGUUAUUUUCUUCUUUUCUGGGGCUGGUUGAUUUUCUUCCGUUAUUUUGAGCUCACUGUUUUGGUACUUGGUAACGCGGCGGUUGAUGUGGCUGGGAACGUGGAUCGCGGGAGAGGCGACGGGGCACUCUCGGGAGUGGAGUAGCCUUGCAUCUCCCUCCCUGUUCAAACCUUGUAAUAUGGCUUGUGUGUGUGUUGAAUCCACCGUUGGCAGCGUUUGAAACUUUUAGCUGGCUGUUAGUCGGUUAACAUUGCUGUUAGUCAUUAGCUGACUUUCCUGAUUGAAAGCUUAUUAAGUAAUCAUAGUUCAUGCUGUGUGUUGCACAGUAGGGUGGCAUUUUUCGCUUGUUAGCAUGGGACCAAAAACUGGUCAGCUCGGUGACUGUCACUUUAAUCUCUCCAGGUUAGGCCAGUUAACCACAGAAGGGACUGUUCUCGUUGGCCUCUGUGUGGUAGGUGAAGGUACUGUAGUUUUUUGUAUUUUUAAUUUAUGUAUGAAUUUAAGUGUUUUUAUAUGUUCUAUUUAAGUUUGUCUCUAUUUGAUUAAAUGGAACACUACAUUUUUUGUAAGAGCCCGCACCAGUCAGCCACAGCCGAUAGAGACCUCAAAUCUGAUUCUUUUCCUUUUAAGCCUGAGGUUUGACUGGCACCUAGUGGGCAGGAUGGACAUGACCCAAAAGUUCUUUCCUGUUUUUAUCAUAACUGAGUCGUCAUUGGAUAGCUUCAAGUGUAAUGUUGAAUCAGAUUAACUGAAGGUACUAAGUACAGUGGGUAUAUAUUUACAGUAACGGAGUGCUGCACUUUGUGUAUCUCAGAUCUUUUCACUUUGAGAUGUACUGUCAGAACUGGAAUUCUACUAGGGUUGCGCCUGUGUUAAUUGCCCGGGCUACUGUAUUUCUUAGCGUGUUUAGAGAAGCGCGUUCGUACUGCACUCAUGUCAAACUACUGACGUCCAGCUACACUCCAUCGCCACGUAAAGGAAAGCACCUCCAAGGCCCGCACCAGGGGGUCAUUCCUUUCCUUUUCCUAAACUUAAAAAAAAUUCCAAUGUUUACAUCUGAUUGUUCCGACCACUAAAAUGGCUAUUUAUUGCUGUUAUACUUUGUCUCGUUUUCUUGUUUCAUUUUGAAUUAUUUUUGUCAUUAUAGAAAAUGCUUUGCUACUAGAGGGUUGUUACUAAGAAAAUCAAUGGAAAUAUUUCGUAUGUGAUGCUGAUAAAUUGGUCUAAGCACUAACUCAGCACUACUGAUGUACUGCUCUCCGUGAUUUUUAUUCAUGUCGACUGAUCAUAGUGCGAUCAGUGGUAAUCUCUAAAUCAUCCAAAUUACUGAACAAUCGGGCAUUAUCAAUAACAGCACUUUUGUUUUUCAAUGGAUUUCACACAUUGUUUCAAUAAAAAUUCCAACCAUGUUUGUUUUUAUCUUCUUGUGUCAAGUACAGACGUCUUUGCUGAAGGCAUCAUUUCAUGGAAACGAUUUCCUUCUCAAUAUUUUUAUUCUUCUCAGAAUGUGCUAGAAUGACUGUGCAAUAAAACAUCCAGCAUGUCGGUGAAA